AUGAAUGAGGUGGAGGAGACGCUGCGGCGGCUUCAGGGGCACAAGGGGGUGCAGGGGGUGGUGAUCGUGAACCAGGACGGCAUUCCCAUCAGAUCAACCUUCGACCAGUCCGUCACUGUGCAGUACGCGAGUUUGAUCACCCAGCUUUCAAGCAAGGCAAGGAGUGCUGUCCGAGAACUCGACCCGCAGAACGACCUGACGUUUCUCCGAGUGCGAUCGAAAAAGCAUGAAAUCAUGGUAGCACCUGAUAAGGACUAUCUCCUAAUCGUGAUACAGGACCCCAACAUCAUGAAUACAACAUAA